CAGGUCUCAAGCAUAGCCUUAAUCCUCCAAAAUGUUUAAUACUCUGACCCUGAUCCAGCAAAUCCCAUUCAAAUGGAACGGGAGUGGUUGCGUGAGUUGCAGGCUGUGGCGCGCGGCGCUGGGCUGGUGGUUUUGAAGCGUAUCUGUCACUGAAAGGUGAAUACAUUUUCUUCUUCCCGCUACUACAAGGUUUCUGCCUGCAGGGUUUGCGGAGAUGAAGUACGUGUGAUUAGGAGUACCGGCAGAAUAAGCUAGAUAAGUAGCAUUCUCGCACACCUCUUUAUCCCGUAAGUUAUCCUCUGCAGAGGAUUAGGUAUGUAAGAUAAGCGUUAAGGCUUUAAUAGCAAACAAACUGCUUUCUUUGGCUAAUGGUACAUCGCUUGUAUCUCCAUGAUGUGGACAGUCUUCAGCCUGGUCCUUGUCAGCUCCCUUUUUGUACUCAAAAGCGAGGCCCUGCAGUGUUACACCUGUGUAGGUUCUAGUGAUGACGACUGUAACAGACAAGGGACGCAGCAAUGCCCAGGGCAUUCGGACGCGUGUGCGGUCAUUAGAGGACAAGCAAGUGGCAUUAUGAAGUCCUGUUCGUUCAGGUCCUUCUGCGAGCGGGCGAGGAGGGACGGAUCGAGAGCGCCUGGAGUGAGCGUUCACUGCUGCUACUCCAGCAACUGCAAUGCAAAAGGCCUGGCCUCCAGAGUCACCACCUCCGCCAGCUACUUCUCUCUCCUCGUCUUCUCCUUGCUAUGGCACCCGCUGUUGAAGCUGACAUGAGGGGGGAAAAAAAGCAUAUCCUGAAGCAACAAGUCUGCCUUCUUAGAAAGGGAUGAUUAUAUUUCCUCAUCACGUUAUUCCACGUACCAUUUUUCUCGGUAGGCAAAAAGCAGUAGGCAGACGUGACACGUUCAGAUCAAAAUUGUUCCAUCUGCUAAAUGUCUCGACCUAUAUGUAAGAAACGCUGCCCUCUUCUUGUUUAUCAUCAGGGGUUGGUUGUGCGAAUACGUAACAUUUUCCUAGGAUUUAGAGAAUAUGUAUAAGGAGAAAUCUUAGCUGCAGGUAGCCUUCUAGUAGGGUGAAGGACCAAUAUCUUCCAAAUGCUGUUCACUGCUGGCAGCCAUUCAAAAGCAAGCUAAAAUUUUCAAGCACAAAGUGACUGAAAAUUCUAGCAAGCAAAUUAGUCUUUCAGAGAACAUUUGCGAGCUGGACAAAGCCAGAAAUCUUGAAAUAAAGAUCAUUUACUAUUAAUAGAAACUGGUAAGAGAAGGUAAUUCAGAGAACAAUACAUGGAGGUAUGUUAUAUUAUGUAUAUUUCCUGGGAAAGAACCCCAAACACCUAGUUAUCUCUUUUCUGAUCCUUUGAGAAUCUUAUCACAAUGUUGGAAGAAGAAGAAGGAAAAAAAAGAGCUUGGAAGUUGUUUUGAACCGGUAAUCUGCUUCCAAAGAUCAGCUUGUUCUAUCUUUACUGCUGGUUUUGAGAACAAGUGGUUAAUCCUUGUCUUGUAGGCAAAUUAUAACUUGCAUAAUAAUAUUUUUGUUUAUCCAGAUUCUUCUUGUGGUUUCAGCUACGUAGUUAACUCUUCACUUCCCUAGGCUUCAUUCUUUGAGAGUAAGAGUAGACAUCUCCCCCUUCAGUGAUGUGAUUGAGUUCAUCUGUGGUGGUUUGUGUAGUCUUUUCAUUUUGCAAAGUGAAUGAAAUUACUUGGAGAUCUUUAGAGAUGUAAAGAGCUAAAUCAACAUAUUUAUUAAUCCCAUUCAUCGCAGUCUUACCAAUUAAAUGGCCCAGAAUGGGCCACGUAUUGCAGAAGGCAUCGUGCAUCACUAGCGAGUUGGCAGAUGGUCCUUUGACUAGGCAAGAGGAGAAGUGACGUAACACACGAUGUGGUGGCACUAAGCAGGGUCUUGGGUCUAUGACAUCGGAGAGCAGGGUGGUACCUCCUUUGACUCAAAACUCAGAGGGACAGACAAGCAGAUGAGUGGUAUUCAUAGAUUUUAAUGUCCAACCGUGAUGAUCGGGUCUAAUCUCUGGCACACAACGUGCGUAGAACUGGCUUAAAGUCCAGCUGGCGUCACCGAAGUAGAGGUGGGCUUUCGAGUUCUAGUUUUAGUUGCCCAUUUAGAAAAAGAUUCGGUUGUCAAGUUUAUGGAACUCACAAAAUAUGUGGCAAAGUAGUUUUUCCACUAGCUUUGUGUUGUGACUUUUUUUGGGGUAUAAUUCUUUGAAAAAUCAGUUCCAGGCAGUGUGUCAUAGAAGUCUGCACAUUCACAAAAAUUUUACUCAGGUUGCAAACUCUAGAGAGCUGCUUCAAGUGAAAUAACCACGGAAACCUCCAUGUAGAGCGUAACCCUGACCUGCCUUGUAGCUCUCGCCUGACACACGGACCAAACUGUCUCCUUGUUUUGUUGUGCUCUUUCCGGGUCCUUUCCUCAUCUCGUGCAGAUGGUGGCUUCAGACUGGGGCUAUUCUUCUGGGGUUUUGUUCCAAUGGGCUCUCAGACAAGGCAGCGCUGGUCUAUAAUUAGUUGCUAGGCACAAGUCUGAUAAAGCUGUUGAAUAUAAAGUUUCCAACAGUGCAACAGAUCUUGGCUGAGAACGUUAAUUUACACUUAAGUAUCUCGUCUGCGCAAAAAUCACUUCGGCUGGUUUAAGUAUUUUUCAUUUCAUUCUCAGCUUGAAUGAGUUCGUUCAAUCUGUUCUGCUACAGGAAACACGUAUUGAUUGUAUCUUUAUUUUCUGAUUGUUCUGUAAUGAUAAAUAUGUAUGGAAUGGCAUCUGUGUAUAUGCUCGCUGCAUUUCCUUAAUGAGAAAAUAAAAUACAUGCAAUGGCUGACAGUGGCUCUUGAUAAACAAACCUGCAUCCUUUAAUUGGGAUUUCCAGCUGCAUCUGGCGGCGUGUUUUCCAGCAGGAAUUCUGGCUUUUGUUCUGUGGGCUGUAUUUCUUAAAUCUGUGAGAUAAAACAGUGAAUGUCGAUAGUUUUCUCUGCUGUGGUAUUUCCAUGAUAAAAUAAGAAG